UCAGUAUCAAAUGCAUUCGCUGAAAGUUUAAUGAUUCGAUUUUGGAGCAAAGACAAGAAGCAAUUAAAAGGAAGCGCUGUAAAGCUGAACAACAUCAUAAAAAUCGAAAGAAUUGCGGAUGUUGGAAACGAGAUGCAAAAAUCCCCAGAAAGUACAGGAAACGCUCACCAGGUCUGGCACCAGCUGUGGAGAGGAAGGGUCAUUCUGAUUUCUCUGCACAGUUGCUGCCAGACCUGCUGAGCUUUUCGAGCAAUUUCGGAACGACAUUACGUCUCGCAUCCACUUUUACAAACAUAAAAAAGUAUUCAGAAGUAGUUGAAAGCAGCAAGUAGCCUACAUAAAAUACAGAUAUAUGAAGAAACCAUUCAUCUCUUAAGGUGGAUGCAAUGACAUUUCCAAAUGACAGCGACUGUGUUGUGCCACCCACCAGGAUCAAAGCGAGUUUAAAGUCCGAGGGGAAGAUUUGUGGAUCGGAACUGGAUGCUGAGGAUGUACAACUCCACACGGCGCCGUUUGAAGGAAGGGAACAGUGCAUCCAGAGAAUGUCUCCGGGCGGCGAGAGCUGGUGAAGCGGGUUCCCUCUCCCCGCCGCUGCUAGUUUCUGGGUAUGGAGGAUGGGCGAUAAGGAGCUGGAGAAAUUCCGGCUGCACUGGAGAGAAGAGAUUAGGGAGCGGAACCGGCGCGGGAGGGCGACCUGCGGCGAAAGGAGCAGCAAAAAGCGGCGCCAGCAGCGCGAGCCGGGGCCCGGUGACCAUGGGGACGGGGAGGGUGUGGAGGGGCCGAGCGGUCGGCAGCGAGCAGCCGAUGAUUAUUUCUACCUGGCCGAAAGCCUGCUGGAGGGCCGGAGCAGCCCGCUCAGGGAGCGCCUGGAAGGUGGGCGAUGCGGCGGAGGGACUGAGACCGGGUCCGAGGCUCGGGGAGGGCCCCAGGGCCAAUCCGCUCAGGCCCCCGGCCACAAGGAGAACCUGCUCGAUCAGCUCAUCGAUGACUUGAAUGAAAUAAAUGAAAUCCCAUUUUUUGAUAUUGACCUUCCUUAUGAGCUAGCACUGAAAAUAUUUGCGUAUCUUGGCAAAACUGAACUUGGAAGAUGUGCUCAGGUGAGUAAAGCCUGGAAAGUUAUUGCGGAAGAUGAAGUGCUUUGGUACAAGCAUUGCUUGAAAGCAGGCUACCAGGUGAAGGCAGACAUUGGCGACUUCAUAUGCUGGAAGGCUGUUAUGCGAGAUUCCAUGAAGAAGGAACAAACAUUACAAGCCAACUGGAAGAACCGUAUUGGAGCUGCAAGCCAGUUACAAUAUGAUGAGGGAGGAAUAUUAUGUGAGGCACACUCAUGCAAUGGAUUGGUAGUUUCUGGAUACACAUCAGGAGAUGUGAGAAUGUGGGACAUAAGCACCUGGGACAGCAGUGCCUUGUAUCUGGAAACGUCACAGAGCUCUGCAGAACUUGGACCACGGCCACCCGUCUCUUUUGUGAGGAUAAAUAGCACCAUAGCAGUGGCGGCUUACAAGGGCGGUGCUGUUGAUGUGUGGAGCACAGUUCUUGCACGGGAACCAGUCCAUCAUUAUCAGCAUAGCCAGGAGGUACAGGCUAUAGCAACGGCAUCAGACAGUGCUGUAAUUGCAACUUGCUCAGGUUAUCAAGUAAGAUUGGAAUCCUGUGAUGAGAAAGGAUAUUGGAGGAAAACACAGCAGUUCGAACUCCAAAAACUGGUUAGCUAUCUUCAACUUGUUCCAGGUGCUCCUGUAAAUACAGAUGGAAGUCAACCAGCAGUAGCAGCAGCUGAAGAUACUGUUUACUUCCUCAAUCCUGAUGCAGAACCAAAGGCACUUCACUCCAUCUAUGGAAAUACAGUGACCUGCCUGGAUGUGUCCACUAAUCAGCUUGCCUGUGGUGUCAAAAGUUUUGGUUGGAUAAUUAGCCACGGCAACAAGAUCCAAGUUUAUUGUCUACAGACAGCUCAACCAAUAGCAACACUGGGAAACUCUGCAGGAGACUUCACCUGUGUGAACCUAAAGGAUAGUCCUCCUUUUCUAGCUGUUACUGGAAACAAAGACAGGAGGGUGAGAGUAUAUGACCUUCGGACAAGUAAAGAAGUGAUAUCGCUCUAUGGCCAUCAACUGGGCGUGUCAUCAGUACAGAUGGAUGAUUGGAAGAUAGUCAGUGGUGGUGAAGAGGGAUUGGUCUGUGUGUGGGAACAACGAAUGGGAACUAAACUCUGGGAAAUGCAUUCGAGACAUCCCGUACGACACCUACGUUUUGGUGCACAUACACUGGUCACUGCAAAUAUUCCUAAUGAGAAAUAUCCAAGAGGAGCCAGUAUCAUGGAUGAUGAUUUAACAGCUCAUCGUAGGCAUCGAGGAAUUAUAUAUGUCUAUGACUUCUCUGUUGAUAAAUCAGCUCCUGUCUUACCAAUCUGUCGUUCUACCUAUGAUGAAGAUGUUGGCUACAGUUACAACAUCGCACUUUCGAUGCCUUAUGACCAAAUCAAGUGAAUAUCGUCACUUCCUGAAUAUAUUGGUUUUAUUACAGUCUUAUAGUAAUUCUGGAAGUAUGCUUGUAAUUAGCCUACACUUUCAGAUGUAAAAAUAUAAUACUUCUCAGGAGAGGUCAAAGGAGGCAUGCAGGGCAUUGGAUAGACAAAUGAACCAGAAAUGACCCUUGGUCCUGAAAUUCCUCAACAACUUAUCACCAAACUUUGAAGAAAAAUAACAAAUAAUCAUUUUUAGCCAUGCUUCCGUGGCUGUUCCAAUUUUGCACCUAAAUCACAAUGGGAGAUCUGUCCUCACCUUUAAAUGUUUUUCUUUCUUUUCGUUUCUCUUUGUUUCUGAUGAUAAUUUGGAUUAGAGAAACUGAUUACAUGUAUGGUAAAAUGAGGACAGACACUUUGACUUCAGAUUCAGUUACAUAAUUCGCAGGAUGGUCCAUUGUAUAUAGAUAAUGCAGAGAAAGCAAAAGAUGUACUAUUUGUGGAAAACACUUUAUUAUUUUAAGUAUUCAAUAAAGCUGCCAUUUUGUGGCUGG